UUUUUAUUUUUUUUUAUGCUCAACUGAUUUUUUCCUUUUGAUAUUUUUAUUCUUGUUUUUUCUUUCCCUCAGUACGCUCGAAGCCAAUAUUGAAGUCGAAAAUGGUGAAAUCGAUGGAGACAAUUAUGUUAAUCUUCAUCUUCAUCUUCAUCAACUUAUUAGUGUCCACAUGCAAAGGGAUUGAUGAUGAUGAGGCUAAUCUUCUUUUACCCCUAAAGUCUUCUUCAUUAAACGAUCAACUCGCAAACUGGAAUUCAUCCCUCUCACACUGCAAAUGGGAUGGAAUCAAAUGUUCACACUCUUCCCGCGUUUCCAAAAUCCAACUCCCCGGAAAAAACUUAUCCGAAAAUAUCCCUGAAUCCAUUUUCCGACUACCUUAUAUCCAAUCCAUCGAUUUAUCAAACAACCAGUUUUCGGGCCAAAUCCCAACAACUCUUUUGUCUUGUUUUAAUCUCAACUACCUCAAUUUAAGCAGUAACAACCUAACCGGGCCCAUCCCAAGUGGCCUCUACCUUCCUUCUCUUCAUACCCUCGAUUUAUCAAACAAUAUGCUCUCGGGUCGAAUUCCAGAGGAUAUCGGGCUUUUUUCGGGCCUCAGGAUUCUUGAUUUUGGAGGGAACGCAUUAUCCGGUGGAAUUCCGGGCUCGAUUGUGAACUUGACGAAGCUGGAAUUUUUCACCCUGGCUUCAAAUCAGUUGACAGGUGAGAUUUUAGGGGAAUUAGGCCAGAUGAAGAGAUUGAAAUGGAUUUAUUUGGGCUAUAAUAAUUUUUCGGGCCGAAUUCCGAGGGAAAUUGGUGAACUUUCCUCUCUCAAUCAUCUUGACCUCGUUUAUAACAAUCUAACAGGUGAAAUCCCUUCAUCUUUAGGCAACCUCACCAAUCUUGAGUACCUUUUUCUGUAUUUCAAUAAACUCAGUGGGAAAAUACCAAAUUCUAUUUUCAAUCUCAAGAAAUUAGUGUCACUUGAUCUGAGUGAUAAUUCCCUGUAUGGAGAAAUUCCGGAAUUGCUGAUAAACCUCCAGAAUUUGGAAAUUCUCCAGCUGUUCUCCAAUAAUUUCUCAGGAAAAAUCCCUUCUGCUCUGUCUUCAUUGCCUAAUCUCAGAAUCCUUCAGCUCUGGUCCAACAGUUUAUCAGGCGAAAUACCUCGAGAACUCGGGAAAAACAACAAUCUAACUGUUUUAGACCUUUCGACCAAUAAUCUCACCGGAAAAAUUCCGCAAAAUUUAUGCGCGUCCCGAAAAUUAAUUAAGCUCAUCCUGUUUUCAAAUAGUUUGGAAGGCGAAAUUCCGGCUAGCUUGAGCCUCUGUAAAAGUCUUCAACGAGUCCGAAUCCAGCAAAAUUGGCUAUCCGGUCAAAUCCCACUCGAAUUUACCAAACUGCCACUGGUUUAUUAUCUUGAUUUGUCGAGCAAUCGAAUUUCGGGCCAGAUCAGUAACAGAAAAUGGGAAAUGCCAGGGCUUCAAAUGCUGAGCCUUGCUGCAAACGAGCUUUCCGGCCCUUUGCCAGGCUCGUUUGGCAGUACAAAGCUCGAGACCUUGGAUUUAUCAGGGAAUAAUUUCUCGGGCAGCAUUCCCGAAAAAUUUGUUGAAUUUUCAGAGCUGACGAAUAUUAAAUUGAAUGGGAACCGAUUAUCAGGCAAAAUUCCUCACCAGUUAUCUUAUUGCAAGAAGCUCGUGACUUUAGACCUGAGCAGUAACCGUCUUUUCGGAGAAAUUCCUGCCAGCCUGGCGGAUCUGCCAGUCCUCGGGCAGCUCGAUUUGUCUGAGAACGAGCUGACCGGAAAAAUCCCGGAAAAAUUAGGAAGUAUACAGUCGCUCAGCCAAAUCAAUAUUUCACACAACCACCUGCAGGGAAGCUUGCCCCCUGCAGGGGCAUUUCUGUCAAUUAGCUCCUCUGCUAUUGCCGGGAAUCAUUUGUGUGGUGGCGAAAAAAAUACCAAAUUGCCCCCGUGCAUUGUGGCCAAGACCCGAACCCGAACCCAUUGGUUUGUAAUGACCUUUCUUCUUGCGUCAUUAACGAUAUUCGCAUUCGUCGCGAUCUUCCUAAUUAGGAAAGGGAAUAAAUUGUGCGGACGAAAGGAAUCGAAAAGGGUAGAAAGCCAAGAUGGCACGUGGCAAUUAUUUUGGUUUGUGAAUUCGGGAAUUGCGAAAAUGUUGACGAUAAAUGACAUUUUGUCGUGUGUGAAGGAAGAGAAUCUCGUGGGGAGUGGGAAAACGGGAUUUUUUUCCUAUAAAGGAAAGUCGGUUUUGGGUAAUAAGAUCUUCUUGGCGAAAGAGGUGACUUCAAUUAUUUCGGCUCAUUAUUGGUCGGAUUGGAUUGAGUUAAUGAGCAAGAUUAGUCACCCGAAUGUCGUGAAGAUUUUGGCCAUGUGUCGAUCGGAAAAAAGAGCGUUUUUGGUUUACGAGUAUGUUGAUGGGAAGGAUUUGAGUGAGGUGAUUGGGUGUAUGAACUGGUCACAUAGGAUAAGGGUGGCAGUUGGGGUUGCAAGGGCACUUAAGUACUUGCACUUGGGUUGUUCGCCUGGGAUUUUAUUCGGUGAGGUCUCGCCCACCAAAGUUAUGGUGGACCAGAAAGGCGAAGCUCGGUUGCGAUUGAGUGUUAAUGCUGGUGGCUCGGUGACCAAAUGUUUCGACUCCUCUCCUUAUGUUGCUCCAGAAACUAAAGGCUCGAAAGACUGGACUGAAAAGAGCGAUAUUUACGGAUUCGGGCUUCUCUUAAUCGAGCUCCUGACGGGAAAAUCACCACUCGAUGCUGAGCUGGCCAUCCACGAGAGCAUCGUUGAGUGGGCUCGUUAUUGCUACUCGGACUGCCAUCUCGAGAUGUGGGUCGAUACAAAUAUAAAGAAAGAUGAGGCCCUAAUUAGCAAAUACCAGAAUCAGGUCUUCGAGGCUAUGAACCUUGCCCUACGGUGCAUCGCGGGUGAUCCGGCCGCCCGCCCGUGCGCCCUCGAUUUGGUCAACAGUUUAGAGGCAAUUGCGAGAUCGAGUUCUUGUGUGUCGUUCUUCAGGAUUUAAAGCUUUGUUUUCGCUAGUAUUAUAAAUUUAGUGGAUUUUAUUUUAAUGUCUUUUCCUUUAAUUUUAUUUUUUUCCUUCUACAUUUUUAGACUGGUCAUAAGAUUAAGAUAAGAAAUGGUUGUUGAAUGUUGUACUUGACGUUUGUAAUGUGAUGCUUGCAUAUGCUGCUGAGUGUAUAAUUGUACAUAUAUGGA